UGAUAUUAUGUUAGAUUUUGAUCAGUUACAAUUAUGACAACAAAUAUGACUAUUUGGCUACAUCACACAUGCAAAACCUUAAUUUUAAAAAAUAUAGAAUCCACUUUUAUGUGUUGUUUAAUUUGUGUUAUUUUGGUAUAGUGUGUGAACAUGAUCCAGCUCCCCCCGGUUCCACGUGGACAUAAACACUAAGUCAAACUACCAGAGUUUGUGACACAGCAAGUCAUGGUUUUUCGUUUCUUACCUUUUUUGUCAAGUUUACAGACUGUCUGGCCUCCUGGAAAGACCAGUUGACUGAUGCAGUACAUAAUAAGAUGUCAUCACAUUGUGCUACUUUAGUGUCCAAGCAAUGCAAAUUGAUUUGAAAAUGGAAUAAAGCAAAUGGUGUUCCGUUCGCCUUUAGUAAACUACAAGACCCACAAUGCACCGCAGGACAGGGGCAGUUGUCCCACUGCUGUGGGGCUAUUGUCAUACAGCUUGAAGUUCCCCUACAAUCAUCUUUCAAUGACAAGAAUUUGGACACUUACGCAAUUUUAUACGUAGGCCCAAACUGCCUUUAUGUGUGAGACACACAAUGGAUUUGAUUUUUAAAAUGUACUGGAUGUAUAAAUGGCAGCGUACCUUCAUUUCCACAGGCUGCUAGAGGAGUUUGGAUAUUUGGCUCUCAAUAGUUUCAUUGUCCAGAUGUGCUUCAUUUUCCUUGUUAAUUAACAAAUGAAGCACAUAAAAGUUUGCAGUUGAUAUCUGGAACUGAGUGUGACUGAAGCUAACAGAAGCUAUGCCAAUAAGAUCCCAUUAUAUGUUGUCACUGUAGAUUAAAAAUAGCAGAGCAACAGCAAAAACAUGAUAUGUGGCUCAAUCAACACUGCAUUGUUAGAAUGGCUACAUCCACACAUUAUUUUCAUCCAACAUUUUUAUUCAAAAUCCUGACACUUUGUCCAUUCACUUUUGAGCCGCUGAAAAUAAAUUGCAAUGGCUGUGAAAUAAAAUGGCCGUACUUCCUAAAUAGUCUAUGCCAGGGGUGUCCAAAGUGCAGCCCGCAGGCUAUUUGGGCCCUGCGGGUAGUUUUUUAUUGGUCCGUAUACACAAAGCAGGAUUAAGGCCACACUCAAAAGAAAAAAAGUUAGAGAAAAUUUAGCAUAUGCUAAUUUAUGUAGGGACGGUUUUAGCGUUUUAUAAACAAAAGGUGGCUGUGGAUUUGUCCUUAAAAACGUUCAACACCUCUGGAGUAACAUAAGGAGAAAAAGUUGGAAUGUUGAGGGAGGCUGUUUUUUCUUAACUUCUUAGCAUGGUAAAUUGGUUUUAGCCUUUUUUUACCAAAAGACAAAUAUGAAAGUACCCUGCAUCAUUGGAUUUUUCAAUAUGCCGUCUGUGCCAGUUGGGAUUAAAUAAAUAAAUAGAUCAAUUGUACAGGUCGUGUUUUUGUCUACACUUUCAUAACCUGAUUGUUUUAGUGCUUAUCCAUUUUGGUGGCCCAAGGCGAAAAUCCUAAAAACUAACUUCUGAACAUAACUGUAAAUGCACUUGAACAGAUGUCAAAUGUGAGAAAAUGUAACUUAAAUUCAUCCAACUUGUAUAUUUAUAACUUAUUUUAAAAACAUACAUGUAACAUGAAUGCAUGUUUUGUUGUUUAUUUGUUUGGAAAUGUUUCUUGCCUCCUCCUCCUCUUCCUCCUCUUCCAAUGUGUUGUACCUCUGCUGGAGUCAGCUGACCCUGCAGCAUGCAAAUGAGGCUGCAAGCUUGCUCCUCAUUGGCCGCCUGUGCCUCAUUUAAGUGCUGUCAGUGCUGGCGUCACAUGGCCGCCGCUGCAAGCAACUUGUCAACUCGGAGUGUCUUCAAUGUGCAUUUUGUCACAGUGGAUGUGAAGCAGCAGGGCGACGGCUGCAGCCCCCAUCCGGAUUGGAGAGCAUUUUUGGGGGGAAUAUUGCUUUCACUUUGGGCUUAUUUAAAGACUACUGACACAUCCCGUGUGAGAUCAUCUCAUACAACUUUUUUUUUUCUUGCUGGUGAAGUUGUCCCAGAAAAGCUGCUUGAAUGUAUAGCAUGAUGAUGGAGACCGACCUCCACUCCCCCGGCCCCCAAACCAACACGGCCGGGGGGCAAACGGGGCCCAACGCGGUCUCCAAGGCGAACCAGGAACGGGUGAAGAGACCCAUGAACGCCUUCAUGGUGUGGUCCCGCGGUCAGCGCAGGAAGAUGGCGCAGGAGAACCCCAAAAUGCACAACUCAGAGAUCAGCAAACGGUUGGGGGCCGAAUGGAAGGUGAUGUCCGAGGCUGAGAAGCGGCCCUUCAUCGACGAGGCCAAGAGGCUGCGGGCCAUGCACAUGAAGGAGCACCCGGAUUACAAGUACAGACCCAGGCGGAAGACCAAGACGCUCCUCAAGAAGGACAAGUACUCCCUCGCUGGUGGACUGCUCACAGGAGCCAGCGGAGCCGGCGGCUUAGGCAUGGCGUCCUCCGCGGUGGGCCAGCGACUAGAGAGUCCGGGGGCGCCUCACGGCGGCUCCGCCGGUUCUGGCUACGCGCACAUGAACGGCUGGGCGAACGGUGCCUACUCGGGACAGGUGGCUGCAGCUGCGGCCGCCGCUGCCAUGAUGCAAGAGGCGCACCUCGCCUUCGGACAGCACCCGGGCGGAGGCGCGCACCACGCACUCAACCACCACCACCCGCAUCACCACCCCCACCACCACCACGCACACCCGCACCACCACCAUCACCACAACCCUCAGCCCGUGCACCGCUACGACAUGAGCGCGCUCCAGUACAGCCCCAUCUCGAACUCGCAAAGCUACAUGAGCGCGUCCCCGUCCGGUUACGGCGCCCUCGGCUACACGCAGCACCAAGCCUCCGCUGUCUCCUCUUCCUCCUCCUCCUCGUCCUCCUCGUCCUCCGCCGCCGCCGCCGCUGCCGCCGCCUCCUCCAUGGGGACGCUGGGCUCGCUGGUGAAGUCCGAACCGAGCGUGAGCCCCCCGGUGACCGCAGCCCACCAGCGAGGCCCCUGUCCCGGGGACUUGAGGGAGAUGAUAAGCAUGUACUUGCCCACCGGGGACCCGGGGGACCCCGCCAUGCAGAGCCGGCUCCACGCCUUGCCGACACACUACCAGAGCGCCACGGCCGGAGUGAACGGGACGGUCCCGCUGACUCACAUCUAAGGACCCCCCACCCAACCCCUGAUUUAUUAUUCAAUCAUUGGAAACUGCAAACGAACACAUAACCAAAUAUUUACCUCUUUUUUAGCCCCGCUCCUGUCAACUACCUGCAUUUUGUACAGAAUGUUUAUCACAUUGUAAAGCAAGGCUACAACAUUCUUAGUUUUCCUUUUUAAAAGAAUGAGGAGGGGGCUCAGAUUUGAUUAUUUUAUUUUUUAGUUAUUGUGCUAUAAUCCUUUUAAGUCUAAGCUACGCCUGGUGCACCUUAGACACCCCCCCCCCCCCCAUUUCUUGUAAGUUAUUGAAAAAAAUGUCUACGAUAUUAACAGAAAGUGCUUUUAAAAAAAGAAAGAAAUGGGAGUUUUUAAAACUUUUAUUUUUUUUGUGUUUCCACGUUUUAUUGUAACGGUCCCUACUUGUAAAAUUGUGAAUAAUUUUAAUAUUUGAAAGAAAGGAUGACUUGGCAACGUGCUGUUUUAAUUGUAACUUAUGUGCUUUCCUCCGCAAGAGAGGACAGCCUUUAUUACAAUGACACACGCAAAGAAUGGAAUAAAUUUCACAAGAUGUUGCUUUGAAGUCUUACGUUUGGAUACGAAAAUAUUAGAAUUUUAAACCCAACAGAUGGCUUCUCUCUGUAGGUUUUAAACUGCUUCCACUGCUCGUGCGUAAUGGGACGUAAAACAUUCCUUGUAAAACAACAUCUAUUUUUAAAUGUUUCCUGGGAAUCAAAUCUUACUGUUAAAUCACGUCUAAUUUAUUACGCUCAUAUUUGCAAUGCGAGGCCAUCAUGAUAAACCCUGAUAACAUCCUUUCUUUUCCAGGUUGGUAAAUAACUGUCACAGUUUAGGCCUCAUCCCUCGAACCACCUGCUCGUGUUAUUGCGGGAAAUAUGUCAUUUAAGUGACAUGAAAUAUUUACAUCUAGAGGAAGUGAUAACUGUAUUGAAUUGGCUUUUUUCCUGGCAGUAUUGAAAAUGGCCUGUACAAAUAUUUUGUUCAUAUUUUUAAAUCUCAACUGCUAAAGCUGCUCUGCACGUAAACGUAAUUAUUUUUUCGUUUAUUUUGCAUAUCAUAAAAUUAGGCAAAACGCGUACUAAAUUCCAUCCGUCCAUCCAUUUUCUGUGCCGCUCAUCCUCACUAGGGUCGCGGGGGUAUGAUGGAACCUAUCCCAGCUGACUUCGGGGGAGAGGCAGGGUAGCCCAUCGCAGACGCAUACUAAGUUGUCAAACUUUUUGUCAAUUGUAAUGUAA